ACUUCAGGCAUGUAGUAAAAAUUGAUUAAAUGUGUUUUAACGUGCCUCAUAAAUACAUUCUGGAGGAUGUUUUGCCACAGUGUAUGAUUACAGAGUUAUAAAAGGAAACAGGCUACAGUCUUAUGUGAGUGCGAGUGUUUAUAGAGAAAUAAGAGCGAACACGGCAGGAGAAGAGUUUGCACUGCCUUGAAGUGAGUAGAAACAGUCAGUAUGUCUCUUAGGGAUCCACCAUAUGACCCUCCUUCUGUCUCAGAGCUGCAGGAGUUCCUGCUGGCAAACAGGCGACCUACUGGGCAUGUCAAUAAAGUCUGGCCUAACCUUUACAUAGGCAACGAGGUGGCGGCUCGUGACAAGGGCGCUCUCCACAGUCUGGGCAUAACUCACAUUGUAAAUGCUGCUCAUGGACCCCCCAACCCCGGCCCCGGACCCUGCUUCUACGUCAACACUGGCCCACAUUUCUACAGAGACAUGACAGUGGAUUAUUAUGGGGUGGAGGCUGAUGAUGCAGUAGAGUUCAUCCUUAGUCCUUUCUUUUACCCAACAGCACGAUACAUCAGAGCUGCACUGGCCAUGGGAGGACGGGUGUUUGUCCACUGUCUGAUGGGUGUGAGCCGCUCUGCAACAUUGGUGCUGGCCUUCCUGAUGAUUGUUGAGGGCCUUAGGCUGCAGGAGGCGGUGGCUGCCGUCAGGCCGCACAGAGACAUCUGUCCCAACCCAGGCUUCCUGCAGCAGCUCCGCGGCCUCGACAUGAGCCUGGAGAGGGAGAGGAGGAGGCGACGACAGGCCCAAACACUAGGUCACUCAACCCAGGAGGAGGAAACACCAUCUCUGACAGAGCUGAGGCAAAUUCUCUGGACAAACAGGAAGCCAGUGGCACCUGUGAAUCAAGUCUGGCCCAACCUGUACAUCGGAGAUGAUUUGUAUGUGGUGUGUGUCUGGAGGUCUGUGGCGCGAGAUAAAAGCACACUCUCGUCUCUGGGUGUAACUCACAUACUGAAUGCUGCAGCAGGCCGACACCGGAUCAACACAGGUCAGCAGUUCUACAGUGAUCUUGAAGUGGAAUACCACGGUAUUGAAGCUGCAGACCAUCCAGAGUUUACCCUCCGACCUUUCUUCAACCCUGCUGCACAGUUUAUAGACAGUGCUCUGAAGCAAAACGGGAAGGUGUUUGUGCACUGUGCCAUGGGUGUCAGUCGCUCUGGAGCGCUGGUUCUUGCGUAUCUGAUGAUCGUCCAGCGCCUGUCAUUAGUGGAGGCCAUAGUCGCUGUGCGUCUGAACCGAGAUGUUGGACCCAACUCUGGAUUUCUGGAGCAGCUGAGGCAGCUGGAGCUGAGCCUAAGUCCACAGAGCAGACAGCCCUCAGCGGAGGACCACACUGACACAUCAUGACAGAGCAUGCCCUUUCACCUAUGUCAGGCACCUGUUAUAUUUUAAUGCAUUUUCUGUAAUAACAAUUAAAUCUGACAAAUAGAAAUGUCUGUUAUAAGAAAAACUUAAUGUCUCGUAGAUUAUAUCUGCCCCAACAACAGUUAGUAAAAUAUGACCACUGAAUGCUUUAAGUUUUUUGUCUCCAGAAAUAACUCUGCACUGACAAAUGCUAACUGAUCCCCAAAACCUGUUCAUGCCUUAGUGACAUUCUUAUAAUGACAAUAAAGCAACAUGACGCUCUUACUAAACUUCCUUUUGUUUUCUGGC